AUGGAUUAUGUAAAAUUUAGAAAUGUAUCUUUUUUAAUAUAUAUUUUAUUUGUAAUUUUAAUGUACAGUAUAGAGUGUGCCAAUGGCUAUGGAGAGAUUAUUAAAGAAGAGAAAGUUAUCGAUCAACCCUGUAAAGAUAAUUGUGUUGAAAUUUAUUUUCUUUGCCGUUGGUCCUUCAGACCGAAUUGUUUCAUCGACCUAUCGAUAUGCUAUCAGACAUGCGAAUACUUUAAAUACAUCGAAAUACUUCCUGAUGAAAAGAGUGAUGAAUCUCAACUUUUUAGUAAUGACCAAAUUUAUUCAAACAUUCGACAACAAGAAGAACAAGAAAAUAUUAAUAAUAAUAAUAAUGAAAUAAUUACUCUCGACCUCAAAUAA